AUGACUUCAAUAAAGUCACUCAUCUCCUUCCGACUUGACCUGCCACCUAGCUGCAUCGAGUUCUUCCCCCUCAACCCGCAGUAUGCCGUCAUCGGCACAUACAAUCUCGAAAAAUCAGAUGCAGCAGAAUCUGCAGGCUCCGCCCCCCACGAUGGUCAUGUGAAAAGCGUCAAGAGCCAGCAGCGCAAUGGCAGUCUGGUCCUUGUACGUGUCAUGGGAGAUAAUGUCGACAUCAUCCAAUCCUUGCCCACACCCUCAGCAGUUCUGGACGUACACUUCUUGACCCAGGUGCCCAGCUCCAACUUUGGCGUUGCCACUUCCACCGGCGCCUUUGCCAUCUAUGAGCUGAAGUCUUGGAAGCGGAAUCCGGAAAUCAGUCACAUCAAGACUAUCCAGUAUUUCCCUGAAGACGUUCUCAUCACCGCCUUCUCAUGGCAUCCAGAGUCAUACAUGAUCGGCAUGACGCUGUCAAACAACCAAGUGCAUCUAGGAAUCAUCGACACCGAGGACGACAACGACACUCCAUCCACUAUGGAGGUCACGCGUCAUGAUCUUGAGGCCUGGACAUUGGCUUUCCUGUCCGAUGGCUCGGGAAUUCUGUCCGGUGGUGAUGACAGCACACUACGUUUUGCCGAACUCACAGAGGGUACAGAACUCAGCGUACCAUGGACUGACCAAAGGAUUCAUGAUGCGGGCGUAACAGCCAUUUUACCUGUCCAUCUAGACGACGAGGGUGCAUUGAUGGUCACUGGUAGCUACGAUGACCACAUCAGACUUCUCCACGCAUCUAAAGGUGGUCAGCGAAAGGUUCUGGCAGACACUAAUCUAGGAGGCGGCGUGUGGCGUUUGAAGCUGCUUGAUCGGAACCCAAAGCUCCCUGCGCAUCACGGGGUGGAGAAAUGGAGAUCGGAGCCACCCCCAGAGACAUUGUUGCUGUUGGUUAGCUGUAUGCAUGCCGGGGCGCGGAUUAUAAGGCUCGUAAGGAGUGGCGAGGACGAGGACAAGGAAUGGAACUUUGAAGUACUUGCCAGGUUUGAGGAGCACGAGAGUAUGAAUUAUGGAAGUGAUAGCCAGCCGGAGCUGAACAGCGCGGGAGAGCGGACAUUCAUCUCAACAAGCUUUUACGAUAGACGGUUGUGUUUGUGGCGGUAUUAG